AUGGACUUCCUAUCUUUUCUUCCAAAGCUCAGUAGCUUCCGCAUAAUCCAACGAGUUGUGGGCUAUGUCCUGCGAUUCACUGCCAAUUGUCAGAAAAAGGACCCGACCAAUCGAGAGAUAAAGCCCCAUCUGACCGUCCGUGAGUUACGCCGCUCAUCUGAAGUCAUCAUGCAAGUUUUGCAGAAGGCACAUUUCUCCGACGAGAAUAAGCUAAUUCUGGCAAACAAACCCUGCAAGAGACUCGGAGGUCUUCGUCCAAUUUACCACGACGGACAGCUUCGAGUAGGUGGUCGGUUGGACCGCUCCCAAUUACCAUUCGAAAGUCGCCAUCCAAUCAUUCUGCCAGAUAAGGAUCCGGUAGUACGACUACUAAUUCAACAAAUGCACGUCGAGCUCCUUCACGUUGGGCAAACGGGCCUGAUGAACGUCAUGAGACAACGUUAUUGGUUGCUGAACGCAAGAUCCACCAUCCGAUUUAUCACACACCGGUGCGUGAGAUGCUUCCGGACGAAUCGUACCACUCCCAACCAAUUGAUUGGAAACCUGCCAGUAUCGAGAGUAGUGCCGUCACCCCCCUUCGCUGUGACCGGCGUGGAUUACGCCGGGCCUUUCUGGACCAAGCAAGGCACACGUCGUCCAACUUUGGUGAAGUCGUACGUGGCCGUUUAUGUUUGCAUGGCAACCAAAGCCGUCCAUUUGGAGGGCGUCUCCGAUUUGAGUACCGAUGCCUUCAUGGCGUCCCUUCGACGAUUUAUCGCUCGCCGUGGAAUGGUCCAAGAAAUCCAUUCGGACAACGCAACCAAUUUUGAAAUUUCCAACGACCCGGCGGACCCGCUGGUGAUAACUCCAGCGCAUUAUUUGAUUGGACGACCGCUGAUCGUCCCAGCUGAACCUUCCCUGGAGAACGUCAAAGCAUCCCGCUUGACACGGUGGCAACAUCUCCAACUUAUGCGCGAGCAAUUCUGGCGUGCCUGGAGCCGGGAUUAUUUGAAUACCCAACUGCGGGAAAAUUAA